AUGGCCAAGUCAAAGUCCAAGAAAAGAAAGCAAAAUACGGCAGCCGACGUCCCCAACAAGCACCUGAAGACGGUCAAGCUCAUCACGCCGCCUCUCGAGAGCGACGUCGAUGGCAAUGGCGACGGCGACAAUGCGUCGCUGGAGCCGACAAGCCUGCGCUCCCUCAUUUCAGGCGAGGACCUCGACAUCACCGUCGAAACCCUGGCCACGCUCGCCCAGUACCCCGGCUUGAUCAAGUCCAAGGCCUGCAAAGAUGUCCGAGUCGCCGUCUAUGAUUUCCGCCAGGCCUGCGCCACCGGCGUCAACACGGCCCCCGGCUCAAACCUGACGGGCCGUAUUACCGGUGCGCUGACCGACGGAAAGUACACCGACGCCCGCAUCCUGCUCGCCGAGAUGAGAAUCCGCGGCGAGGAGCCCAAGCUCGGGGCCCUGUGUCGCUGGGUACGAGAUCUCGACGUCAUCAGCGGCCUAUCUACGCGGCUGGGCGAUGCCGCCGUGGAACGCAGUGCAGAGGAGAAGGAGCUCAUCACGGUUCUCGAUGCUGUCCUCCGUGCCAGUGGGCCCGUCGAUACGAAUACCGCAGCCUCGUCGGGCCCCAUCUCUCUUCAGGAAAUAUGGGACCUCCGGCCCUCGACACCGCCACAGCAAGUAUAUGCCUCCGUCCUUGACAAGACGAUCUUUGCCGCGGCCCCUGACUCGCUUUCCGCCUCUCUGCGUGUCAUUGAGACAACCCCGGGCCCUCUCAGGAAGCCACCAAAUCACCACGCGGCGUUACUCUAUACCUCGGCCCCAAACGCUGUGCCUCUCUCGUCCACCUGCCCCGAGAUAACACACCGCCCGCACCCCAUCGUUCCCGGUCUCAGCCUGGCCACGAACGUCCUCUCCCCCGACGAGUGCAAGGCCAUCAUCGCCACCGGCGAAAGCGUCAACUUCCUCCCCGAUGCGCCCCUCCGCGAGGACGGCGACAUCAGCGUGUUGGCGCACAACUUCUACUGGGUCGUCGACACGGCCUUUCACGACACGCUGUGGUCGCGCAUCUCGCCGUUCGUGCCCGCCUCGGUCAACGGCCGGCUGGCCCGGGGCCUCAACCGGCGCUUCCGCGUGUAUCGCUACGUGCCGGGCGCCGAGUACCGCUGCCACAUCGACGGGGCCUGGCCGCCUUCGGGCGUCCUGCCGGACGACACGUACGUCUACGACGCCUCGCCCGCGUGCAGGAAGCAGAGCUCGCUGUUUACCUUUCUGAUCUACCUCAACGACGAGUUCGAGGGCGGCGAGACCACCUUCUUUCUGCCGGCCCCGCGGGACGGCACGCUCAACGCCUAUCCCGUCCGGCCCGUCAUGGGCGGCAUCGCCAUCUUCCCGCACGGAGACACGAGAGGCGCGUUGCUGCACGAGGGUACGGGCGUUCGCAGGGGGGCCAAGUACGUCAUCCGGACGGAGAUUGAGUACGAUGUUGACUCGACCGAAGCGUAA